AGUCUAGCCCGGACACAAAAGAAGUACAGAACGGAUCCCUCAAAAAAGGAAAAAGAAACAGAGCGGACGUUCCUCUGUUCCUAUCGAUCCCGUUGCUCGUCUGUUGCAACCGCCGCGUGAUUCCGGCCAACUCCGGCAUAUCGUGCCGCCCGCUCUAAGUCCUGUCUGCUCGUUCUUACCCCCGAUUCGCAUCCGCCUCCACGCCGUUUUGUCCCCGCCGCGACCGAGCGUGUAACCCUAGCCGCGCUUGGGUUUGCUGGUGCGGUUGCGCGCAGGUCGCCGGCCUCCCUCAGCUCCCGAAGCUCUGAAGCGUCACCUCCUUCUCCCCCGCUACCUCCUCCGCCGCGCGCUGUCGUGCGGCUCGGCAGGGACGACGUGACCGUGCGGUGGCAGUUCGACUACCUCCCUUCGUCAAGGUCACGCCGCCGCUCCUCUUCUACGUCCUCAGCUCAGUUGCCAGCAAUGGAUCCAGACGUGGAGUUUCUGCGGUUAAGUACCAUGUUGGACGACGCAUAUGUCCACGCUGCGGAUGAUGGCCGUUCUGUCUGUCUCGAUGUCUGCCAAGUGUCGUACAACGCAGUGUGGGCGGUGGAGCGGCGCCCAUGGACCGAUGGCCAAGGCCGCGUCACGCCUUUUAUACUCCUUCGCGGAGCAUACGGCCGUUACCUUGGGGCAACUGACACACCUUCUUGCUCUUUCCCAUGUCUACAGGUGGUCGCCGCACAACGCGACUUCGACGAGCCAAUGCUCAAGGAUAUCAUGUGGCAGGUCUUCAAAAGUGAUGGCAUGAUCACGUUGAUGUCUGCUACUGGGUGUUAUCUUGAGUAUUACUCCACACCUCGUAGUUCUUCCAUGACACGACUUUGGAAGGUGGACGUACGCCCGAGACUCAGUAGGCCGCGACUUAUGAUUGAUACAAAGUCCAAGUGGGUGAAGAUCCUCGCCAAUCUCCAACGGUUGUGGUCCUCAGAGCGGGAGGUUAAUUGGGUUCUCGCAGACUGCGCUGGUAAUAUAAAUGAUGCAUAUUGGGGAAAAUAUCUGUUUGAUGGCAGGGAUCUCUCUAACCUAGAGAAGGAUCUUAGCCAUUUGGUUGCCCUACCGACCACUCUCUGCAUUCGUGCUGGCCGCCACGGGCAACCAACCCCGCUUUGCGUCAACUUUCCCCGGAGCAAUGAACCAAUGCACGUCAUUUUAUUUUUGAACAACACAACAGGAAGUGAUAGACUGGUAUAUCCUGAUGUGAGCCAACAAGGUCCCCGAAUUAAGUUGGAUUGAAGUGAUCAACAAAAUGACCAGAUUUUUGUCAUCAUUGGGAAGCUCCUUCUGUGCAAGCGACCAUGGCAGAUGCUUCUGGUUGUCCUUGAGGGAAAUGCUGUCCAUUUGAUCGUCAUUCCAAUGCUAAGUCCAUAUUGAGUAGAUUCUGGAAUUGUUGGAUCAGAUGAACGUGCUUGGGUAGAACAAACUUUUAAGAGGCGUAUCUCUCCCUCUCUAAAUUUAUGCAACAUAUUCCAGUACAAAAAAAAAAUCUGCAACACAUUUGUCUUGCGCUUCAUUCACAAUCAUAUCGUAGACUUUGUAUCACAUUACCGCCAUGUAUGUAUUUCUCAUACAUAAUUU